CUCGUAGGCCCCAAGUGCGUCAAAACGCCCCGAACUGGAACUCUCCGAUCCCUCUUCUCUGUUCUCUCUCUCUCUCUCUCUCUGGUCUUACUCAGCGUACUGCUUCUCCAAAAAUGUUGGCUCGGCUCGCCGCCAAUCGCUUCCGCGAGAUCCGUCAAGCUUUCCGCCAGGUUUUUCCUUUUCCUCCUCACUUUCUCGCAUUUUCUCGCCACAUUAUCCACUCUCCCAAUCGCUCUCUCAUCGCCUCUCGAUCGUUCCUCUCUUCUUUUUGGCAGCCUUCGCGAUCCUUCUCCACUGCCCUAAAUUACCAUCUUGAUUCUCCAGAUAACAACCCGGACCUUCCCUGGGAGUUCAGCGAUGCCAACAAAGAGAAGGUUAAGGAGAUAUUAUCUCACUAUCCAUCCAACUACAAGCAAUCUGCCGUUAUUCCCUUGCUAGAUCUUGCACAGCAGCAGCAUGGAGGAUGGUUGCCUGUUUCAGCGAUGAAUGCAGUAGCUAAGAUUAUCGAAGUUGCUCCCAUCCGUGUGUAUGAAGUUGCAACCUUUUAUUCAAUGUUUAAUCGAUCGAAGGUGGGGAAGUACCACCUUUUGGUUUGUGGCACAACACCCUGCAUGAUCCGUGGCUCACGAGAAAUUGAAGAUGCGUUACUGAAACAUUUAGGAGUGAAGAGGAAUGAAGUAACAAAGGAUGGAUUUUUUUCUGUUGGAGAAAUGGAAUGCAUGGGAUGCUGUGUAAAUGCUCCCAUGAUCACGGUGGCAGACUACUCCAAUGGAUCCGAAAGAUAUACUUAUAACUACUAUGAAGAUGUUACUCCGAAGCGCGUCGUGGAGAUAGUUGAGAUGUUGAGAAGGGGUGAGAAGCCACCGCAUGGCACUCAAAACCCAAAACGCAUUAUGAGUGGACCAGAAGGAGGAAAUACUACUUUGCUAACUGAUCCGAAACCGCCCCCGUGCCGUGAUCUUGAUGCUUGCUAAACUUGCUGUGCUUGUCUUCAAUAAUGUAAAGCUUGGGCGUUCUCAGGCUUCCUUCUGUUACCAGAACUGUUGAAUUUAUUUAAUGCUCAACCAUUUUUUAUA